GGCUGGGGGUACCUGGGGCAGUCCUGGAGGACAGAGGCCAAAAUAAGCAGGAGGCGGAGGCCUGCGGUGGGGCGAGGAGCUGGGCCCUGACCCUAAGUCCUCAGUGGCGACCUCUCCAGGCCGGGCCGGGCACGGCACUCAAGGCGAGCGCGGCAACCACCACCGCUCUCCGAAGGCUCCUGCGCCCCCCGGGGCAGCUGGGCGGGGUAAUGCCCUCGGUGAUGGAGAAGCCGAGCGCGGGCUCCGGGAUCCUGUCUCGCAGCCGGGCCAAGACGGCGCCCAACGGCGGACAGCCCCACUCGGAGGAUGACAGCAGCGAGGAGGAGCACUCGCACGACAGCAUGAUCCGCGUUGGAACCAAUUACCAGGCCGUAAUUCCGGAGUGCAAGCCUGAGAGCCCCGCACGCUACAGUAACAAGGAGCUGAAGGGGAUGUUGGUGUGGUCGCCCAACCACUGCGUGUCGGAUGCCAAGCUUGACAAGUACAUUGCCAUGGCCAAGGAGAAGCAUGGUUACAACAUUGAGCAGGCCCUGGGCAUGCUCCUGUGGCACAAGCACGAUGUAGAGAAGUCGCUGGCUGACUUGGCCAACUUCACCCCGUUCCCUGACGAGUGGACUGUAGAGGACAAGGUGCUGUUUGAACAGGCCUUUGGCUUCCAUGGCAAGUGCUUCCAGCGGAUCCAGCAGAUGCUGCCUGACAAGCUGAUUCCCAGCCUGGUGAAGUAUUACUACUCUUGGAAGAAGACCCGCAGCCGGACCAGUGUGAUGGACAGACAGGCGCGGCGGCUGGGGGGCCGAAAGGACAAGGAAGACAGCGAUGAGCUCGAAGAGGGACGAGGAGCCAUGAGUGAGGGCGAGCCGGACGCUGGAGACCCCAAGAGAGAGCCUCUGCCCUCUCGGCCGCUAAAUGCCCGCCCCGGCCCGGGGAAGAAGGAGGCCCAGGGGUCUCAGUACCGCCACCAUCCGCUGCGAACUCGCCGGCGCCCGCCCAAGGGCAUGUACCUGAGCCCCGAGGGCCUCACCGCCGUGUCGGGGAGCCCGGACCUUGCCAACCUCACACUUCGCGGCCUCGACUCCCAGCUCAUCUCCCUCAAGCGCCAGGUGCAAAGCAUGAAGCAGACCAACAGCAGCCUCCGCCAAGCCCUGGAGGGUGGCAUUGAUCCACUCCGCCCCCCAGAGGCCAACACCAAGUUCAACUCCCGCUGGACCACGGAUGAGCAGCUUUUGGCCGUACAAGCCAUCCGUAGGUAUGGCAAAGACUUCGGGGCUAUUGCCGAGGUGAUUGGCAACAAGACUCUGACCCAGGUGAAGACCUUCUUUGUGAGCUACCGGCGCCGCUUCAAUCUGGAGGAGGUGCUGCAGGAAUGGGAGGCCGAGCAGGAUGGGGCCCCUGGAGCCCCGGUCCCUGGGGAGGAGGCUCGGAGAGGGGCUCCCUUGCCAGCCCCAGCCCUAGAGGAAGACGACGAGGUCCAGAUUACAUCUGUCUCAACAUCGGGGCCACGAUCUGGGCCCCCUGCGCCACCCCCUCCUCCCCCUCCCACCUCGCUGUCCCAGCCGCCCCCACUGCUGAGGCCACCUUUGCCCACGGCUCCCACCCUGCUUCGCCAGCCGCCCCCACUCCAGCAGGGCCGUUUCCUUCAGCCCCGGCUGGCCCCCAACCAGCCGCCCCCACCGCUCAUCCGCCCUGCUCUGGCUGCCUCCCGCCACGGUGCCCGCCCUGGCCCUCAGCCCCCACCCACCCUGAUUGGAGCCCCUCUGGAGCCUCCAGCUCCCUCACUCUGAGCACCGAGGCCCUCCACCAACUAGAGGCUCCAGAGCCCCUCUGCUGGACCUUCCUGAGGACAGAAGGGACUAGAGCUCCUGCCAGGUCUUUGGAAGACCCAGAGCCGCCUUCUGGCACAGCCUGCACCUGUGGGCUCUGCACGUGUUCCUGGCAGCCGAGCCUGUGUCCACCCGCUCCCAGCCAGGGUCUGGGGUCUUCUGAGCUGGCCCGAGGCUACUUUCUCUUCCUGGCUGGGUCUGGAACGGCUGCCUCCUCGCCUGCCAGGGCUUGGCCUUUGGGUCCUGCCCUUCGAGUAUAGGGGGUAGUGACCAUAGCUUGGGGAGCCGGGGAGAGGACAGUUAGGUGUCUUGGCUGUUCCUCCUCUUUCCCUUCUUUUAGCAAUAAGUUUGGGGUGAGGUGGGAGGGUGUUGAAGGAGGGAGGUGGGCAGAGAGGCUCUUUGGGGCCUGACGGCAGCGGAGGCUGGAGAAGGGGCUCUUGUGUCUUCAGGGUCAGGUGGGAAGUGCUGAGGAGCUCUGAGGGUGCCCACUGCCCAAAAGCUUAGAGAAAGGGUUGGGAACAUAUGCAGACAUGGGUUUAUUUUUCAAUGUUUUUAAAAAAUAAAUAAAACCUUCAAGCUCACUGAA